GGGGGGACUUCAGUGGAGAGUGUGUAAUAGGACACCCGCUCUCUCUGUCUUUUCGCUUUCCUCUCCUCUCCUCUCUCAGUCAAGCCUUCUCUGUGAGCACUUAGAUGGAAUAGCAGCAUUUUUCUUCUUUGGUGUCACUGAAGGAGGCUGGAAACAAGGUGCUUCCAAGAGGGGAAAAAUCUGAUCCGGACCUGGUUCAGCACCUUGGCUUCUUCAUUUGAGACCAGUCACGCAAAGGAGAUAGCUCCUGAAAGGUAGUGUUGACUGGCUGUGGUUGCUGAGCAGUGCAUCAUGGGCAGGCCGGAGGGGUUGGCCAGGCCACCUCUGGUGUUGGCCAUGGCGCUGUCCCUCCUGGCUCUCCUUUUACUCUCCACUGGGGUCUCCAGCCUCCCACAGCCUCUGCCAAGAGUUUUCCUUUCCUUCGAAGAGCUGCAGGCCUCUCAGUCUUUUGAACACUACAGUAUAUCAGACAAAGCCAUGGACUACAGGAUCCUGCAGAUGGAUGAGGACCAGGACAGGAUGUAUGUGGGCUGCAAGGACCAUGUCCUUUCCAUGGACAUCAACAAUAUCACUCAUGGCACACUCAAGGUGUUUUGGCCUGCAUCUACCAGCAAAAUAGAAGAAUGUCAAAUGGCAGGAAAGGACCCCACGCAUGGCUGUGGCAACUUUAUUCGAGUAGUGCAGCCUUACAACAGGACUCAUCUGUUCAUGUGUGGCAGUGGAGCGUACAGUCCUGUCUGUGUGUACAUCAACAGGGGACGCAGACCAGAGGAACAAGUAUUUCACAUCGACUCCAGGACUGAAUCUGGAAAAGGGAGGUGCUCCUUUAACCCUCAAGUGAAUACAGUUUCCGUCAUGCUCAACCAGGAGCUGUUCUCGGGCAUGUACAUUGACUUCAUGGGGACAGAUGCUGCCAUCUUCAGGAGCUUGACCAAGAGAAAUGCAGUGAGGACAGAUCAACAUAACUCCAAGUGGCUUAGUGAGCCAAUCUUUAUCGAUGCCCACCUGAUACCAGAUGGAACAGAUCCAAAUGAUGCCAAACUGUAUUUUUUCUUCCGAGAGAGACUAACAGACAACAGUGGAAAUACUAAAAAUAUCCACACCAUGGUAGCCAGAGUGUGUCCAAAUGAUAUCGGAGGCCAGCGGAGCCUCGUGAACAAGUGGACUACUUUCCUUAAAGCCCGGAUGGUGUGUUCUGUUUUGGAGGAGGACGGCACUGAGACACACUUUGAUGAGCUUGAAAGUGUGUUUUUGCUGGAAACUGAUCAGCCCAAGGGUCUGUUGGUGUUUGGAGUCUUCACAUCCACAAGCUCGGUGUUUAAAGGAUCAGCCGUGUGUAUGUACAACAUGGCCGACAUCCUCACUGUCUUCAAUGGGCCGUUCGCUCACAGAGACGGACCAAACUUCCAGUGGGUGGCUUUCCAGGGCCGCAUUCCUUAUCCCAGACCUGGAACUUGUCCUGGAGGUGCCUUCACACCCGAUAUUCAGACAACUAAGGAGUUUCCGGAUGACGUGGUGACCUUUGUAAGAAACCACCCAGUAAUGUUCAACCCCAUCUAUCCAGUCGGUAGGAGACCUCUGGUGGUUCGUACUAAUGCUGACUACAAAUACACAUCUGUGGCCGUGGACCAGGUCAUGGCUGCCGAUGGCAACUAUCAAGUGCUGUUCCUGGGCACAGACAAAGGUACAAUACAGAAGGUGAUUGUGCUGCCAAGCAAUCAUUCCCUACACGAAGAUCUGAUCCUGGAGGAGCUGGAAGUGUUUAAGAACCAGGCUCCUGUUACAAACUUGAGAAUAUCCUCAAAAAAACAACAGCUGUACGUCAGCUCGGAGUACGGGGUCUCACAGGUCUCCCUGCACCGUUGUCACGCUUACGGCUCAGCUUGCGCUGACUGCUGCCUCGCCAGAGACCCCUACUGCGCCUGGGAUGGACUCAGCUGCUCUCGCUUCUAUCCCACUGGCAAAAGGAGGAGCAGAAGACAGGACAUCAUGUAUGGAAAUCCACUCACUCAGUGCAGAGGAUUUAAUCUAAAAGCCUACAGGAAUGCAGCAGAGAUGAUGCAAUACGGAGUGAAAAACAACACCACCUUUUUGGAGUGUCUGCCCAAGUCUCCCCAGGCCUCGAUCCGCUGGCUUAUUCAGAGGGAUAACGACAGGAGGAAAGAGGUGAAACUGAGUGACCGUGUCCUUUCCACGGAGCAUGGGCUGCUCAUCCGCUCCGUCCAGCUGUCCGACCAGGGCCUUUACUACUGCCUGACCACGGAGAAUGGCUUCAAACGCACUGUUGCUAAGAUCCGCCUGCGUGUGCUGAGCGAGGCCAUGGUGAGCGUCCUGACAGACAAGCAGCAAUCACCGUGGGCAUGGGCCAGCUCUUUACACCCAAAGGUACUGCUGGCAGCCUUCAGUCCUGCAGAGAGCUUGGCUGUACAGCAGUACUGCAAAGAGAGGAAGGAGCUCCAGAACCUCCAGCAGAGGCAGCAGCAGCAGCCCCCUCCACCGCCUGGACCUCUAAGGGGAGACCUGGCCAAACUGAAGCCCCUGCUGGACCGCAGGAAGAGCCGCAACCGCCGUAAUCACCUCCCAGAGGUCUGACAGAGUGGGCUGGCAGCUGCACAAACUGACACACACAUCUAACUCUGUUCCAAAACGCAUCCAGGCACUAACAAAUCCUCAACUCCCAACUCUCAUCUGAAACUGCAGAGCUGCACCGAGGAUGUACAGUGAGCUGAGGAGGUGGGUGUGAGGGGUCGUUGUUUGGGUAUUUCUCUUCUUUCUUCAACAGAGUGCAUGAGGAACUCUGAUCACUGGGCUGCGACACACACUAAUACACACGCACCGGCACACACAAGCCAUCGGUUUACUGUUGCUCCACAAUCUGUGGCCCUGUUUGCAGAGGCACUAACAAACUGUGGCCUCAGUUUAUGACACCUUUUUGCCACUUAUAUUUUAAACAUUAGGGCAGAACAAGCAGAGUAUUGGUUUACGAUGUAUUUGUUCCUGGAAAAAGGGGAUGUUCAUUUUACAUAAACAGAGAUGACUGAAAAGGGACAAAUGCCAGGCAGAUGCAUGUUCAACAGUGGGUGCUCUCACUCUCUGUUCUACUUUACCAGUAUUUUAUGAAACUCAUACUUCUGAACAUUAUUUUUAACUAACAAAUAUGUCUGUCCUGUGAAAAUUAUUGAGCUCUGUGGACAUGUGUAGGGUAAUAAAAAGGCAGUUCAUGAGGAAUGUUUGCUAAACUUCAAUAGCUGACAGGUCAUAAAACACUCAAAUUGAAACUGUAGAUAAAUUCUGUGUGAGCUGUAGUGCACAUCUUGUAUAAUCGCUUGUGUAUUUAUUCCUGUUGCUCAGACAUACACUUAAGUGAAUGUGCCUCACUGUAACUCAGCUGCAUAUUGUACCAUAAGUGUUUCCAGCACAGAAGCAUGUUAAUAGAAGUUUGUCAUAAUGUAGACGUCUCUUGUCUGGAUUAGAUUAGAGAAACCAAACUGACAGAUGUGCACAUUUUGGUUUUUGCAAGUAAUAUACAUUUGUGUAAUAUUUGGAAAUACAAAGCCUUCAUCCCAACUUGCUUCUCUAGAUCCAAAUCUUCCACUUUCUGCACAGCAUGAAAUGUGGAUAUCCUUUUAAAUCAGAAUUAGUAUAGUUACAGUUAUAUAGUCAGUGACAUAGACCAUUAGAUAUGUGAAUAGGCUCCUUUUUCAGAAGCAUAGCCAGUGUAGAUAGUGAUGAUUUGUUGCUUGUGUACAGUUUUUUCAUGCUUUUAAUUUAAUGUUGUGCUGAGUUUUGUGGAAAUUUGUCUUCAUUGUGUACAUAAUUUCAACAUAUUUCACCACCUAUGACUGUAUCUGCAAAUUGCAGAGAUAUAUUAUACAGUAAAUUUUUAUUUGGAAAAAAAUACUUGCUUCCUACAGAUCUCUGCUCCAUGUUUGAGAAAUCUCUGUGAUCAGUAUCAUGUCAUUUAACUCAAUGUAAUUUCAGUAUUACUAAAUAUAUGUAUUUUUAUUUAUUAAUGUAAUGAUAGCCUGAAUAAAUCUGGUCAUUUGAGUUUUA